CGGGAGCGGGAGAUGUUGGAGCUGAGGCACCGGGGAGGCUGCCCCGGCCCCGGGGGAGCGGUGGCGCCGCCGCCCCGCGAGGGAGAGGCAGCCGGCGGCGACCACGAAACCGAGAGCACCAGUGACAAAGAAACAGAUAUUGAUGACAGAUAUGGAGAUUUGGAUUCCAGAACAGAUUCUGAUAUUCCAGAAAUUCCCCCAUCCUCAGAUAGAACCCCUGAGAUCCUCAAGAAAGCUCUGUCUGGUUUAUCUUCAAGGUGGAAAAACUGGUGGAUUCGUGGAAUUCUCACUCUGACUAUGAUUUCAUUGUUUUUCCUGAUCAUCUAUAUGGGAUCCUUUAUGCUGAUGCUUCUUGUUUUGGGCAUCCAAGUGAAGUGCUUCCAUGAAAUUAUCACCAUAGGCUACAGAGUCUAUCGUUCUUAUGACCUGCCAUGGUUUAGAACGCUAAGCUGGUACUUUCUACUGUGUGUAAACUACUUUUUCUAUGGAGAGACCGUAGCAGAUUAUUUUGCUACAUUUGUUCAAAGAGAAGAGCAACUUCAGUUCCUUAUUCGUUACCACAGAUUUAUAUCCUUUGCCCUCUAUCUGGCAGGUUUCUGCAUGUUUGUGCUGAGCCUGGUGAAGAAGCAUUACCGUCUGCAGUUUUACAUGUUCGCAUGGACUCAUGUCACUUUACUGAUAACGGUUACUCAGUCACAUCUUGUCAUCCAAAAUCUGUUUGAAGGCAUGAUAUGGUUCCUUGUUCCAAUAUCAAGUGUUAUCUGCAAUGACAUAACUGCUUACCUUUUUGGAUUUUUUUUUGGGAGAACUCCAUUAAUUAAGUUGUCUCCUAAAAAGACUUGGGAAGGAUUCAUUGGCGGUUUCUUUUCCACAGUCGUGUUUGGAUUCAUUGCUGCCUACGUGUUAUCCAAGUACCAGUACUUUGUCUGCCCAGUGGAAUACCGAAGCGAUGUCAACUCCUUUGUUACAGAAUGUGAACCCUCGGAACUUUUCCGGCUUCAGAGUUAUUCACUUCCUCCCUUUCUAAAGGCAGUGUUGAGACGGGAAACAGUGAGCCUGUAUCCUUUCCAGAUACACAGCAUUGCUCUUUCAACGUUUGCAUCUUUGAUUGGCCCAUUUGGAGGCUUCUUUGCCAGUGGAUUCAAAAGAGCUUUCAAAAUCAAGGAUUUUGCAAACACCAUUCCUGGACACGGUGGGAUAAUGGACAGAUUUGAUUGUCAGUAUUUGAUGGCAACUUUUGUGCAUGUGUACAUCACAAGUUUUAUAAGGGGUCCAAAUCCCAGCAAAGUACUACAGCAAUUGUUGGUGCUUCAGCCAGAGCAGCAGUUAAAUAUAUAUAAAACCCUGAAGAGCCAUCUCAUCGAGAAAGGAAUCCUACAGCCCACCUUGAAGGUAUAGCUGGAUCCAGAGAGGGCAGGACUGACAAGAAGGAAUUCCACAGAAAAGCACUGACAGAUGAAAUUUUGUAAUUGUACAGAAAAAUGGUUAAAAAUGCAAUAGAUUGAAGUUUUACAGACAUGAAUGUUUCUUCUCUGAAAUUACUGUGAAUAUUUAACAAACACUUGAUCUAAGUUAUGAAAUAAGUAGCAAAUUGCCAGCAAAAUAUCCUGUACUUUUUCUAAAGUGUAUAUUCUGGUGUUAACUUCCUUCCCCUCACUGGCUAGGUUUCCUAAUUUAAGAGACUUGUGUUGUAAAGAGUCAAACACUAUAAAACGAGUAAAUCGAGGAUGUCUUCAGAUUGCACCUGGCAGCGUGCCCCUUGCACAAAUAUUUACUUUUGCACUUGGAGCUGCUCUUAAUUUUAGCAAAAUGUUUUAUGUACGGCAAAAUAGGAAGUUGGUAGUUGUCCCGCACUUCCUCUUCUUUCAGUCUGAAGAAUUUUCUGAAGGGCUGAGUUGGAUCUCUCCAGAAAAAAAAAAAAGAAGAUUGUCCACUUUUCAAAGAAAUAAGUAAUCAUUUUCCAGGGAAAAACAUCCCACUUUUAGGUAGGUUUGAAAUUCAGGAGAGGGAGGCUGAAAUGUCUAAGUUAUUGGCCUGCUAGAAAGAGCAGACAUCAAACUCGACUUCUGAUAAAAUUAUUUGGAAAAACAUGACCUUGCAAAAACUUUUCCAGAGAAAUAAAGGAGAGUUCUGCCGUGAAGAACACAGUGUCCGCACCUCCACAGAUGACCUCAGCCCACAGCAGUAGCUCAGGAGGCAGCGUAAGACAGUAACACUUGGCGCGGGCUGCCUUUUGGUCGAGUUCUCUGCUUUUCCUUGUUUCCCUAAGUUCUGUAGCCCCGAGCGCAUAAGAUCAGCAUCUAGGGUAGUGAGUGGGGGUAGUGGCUGAAGGAGAGCAGAGGGUGCUCGGCCGGGCCUCUGGGUGCCUCCCUGCUGGUGCCCUGUGCAGCCCACUGGUCGCUCCCCUGGGAAGGAGGAGGAUCUGCUUGGAGACCAGCCCCAGACCAAGUGCACGGGAGCGGCUAAUCUUUGUCUCAUUCUUCUUUCACAUCAUGUCAUAAAAUCUGAGGACAGCAGCUGAUUUUUUGUUUUUCUUCCAAGAAUGAAAAUCAAGCAGAAGUGAUCCCCACCAAGAACAAAAAGCACACAAAUGCCAAACCUUUCCUUUGGUGGACUGGACACUAACCAGAUGAGAAUAAAUUUCUUAUCAGUGAAUGUAAAUAAGCUACUGUUGCUGUGGGCUCUCCACAACCAUAUUUAUUGUAAUGAACAGUCAGCACGAAACCUUCGAAAAUUGUCUAGUGCUCCUUGGCUAAAUGUUCAGAGAGGAGAAAUAGAUAUAUUUUAAAGAAUGUUUUGCUAAUGGAAAGAGUACAUAUUUUUGUUUAAAUUAGAAACAAAUUUCAAUUAUUUUUUAUUUCCGUUCCACUACUAGUCCCUACAAUAAAAGAUUGUAGAUACGCCUGGGUUCCACGGACGUAAUCUGUAACUAGCAGCUUCCUCGUGUGUACCACACGGUCAUAGUAGAUACAGUUGAACUCAGUACCGAGAGUCUGAUUUCGGGGUUUGGCAUGCAUUUAGUCAGUUCAUCACCGCUGGAUGUGUUCCGUCAGCAUUAUUUCACACUAUUCCAAAAAACCCCUUAUUGGCAUAUUACAGGCGGGAAUGAUCACUUUUAAAAUCAGGCUACCUAACAAGUUAAUUUUCAGCAUCUCUCAUUUUUAUUUGGCUCCUUAAAAGCUCCAAAUGUUGAUCAUAAAAGAAUUUAGCAUACCAAAGUUUAAAAGAUAGAAUGAAAAUUUUGUGAUAGGAACUUACUUUGAAAACUUGGAGAUUUCCACAGUAAGAACCCCUUGGAGACACAGUUGCCCCUGCAUUUUUCCCUGAAGUGAUGGGUGAGGCGCUGCAGUACAGAAUUAUGAGAGCAUUACUGAUCCAUGUAUUAUAAAAUCAACAUUAUUAUAAACAAAAUAUGAAGCUCGGAAUAUUUGGGGUCACAGUAAAAGCGUUCCUCAAAUAGACUUUUAGAGUUGGGUGUACAUUAUUCUGUAUGUAAAAAAAGUAAAUUCUUAAUUUUGACAGAGCUCUAAGGACUAACCUUUUUAGUGUACUUUUAUAGCAUGUAUAUUAAAAUAGAAUAUAUUUUAGCAAAAGAUUGCCAUAAAACCCUGACUUUGAUCAUUUUUAUAUUUGCACUGUGAAGAGAGCUUAAAUUUCAGUGUAGCAGCGUGGUGGCAGGAAAAUGAAAGACUAGGAAUUUCCUUCACAGUCGUGGCUCAUUGUUCCCGCAUUGCUCUUUUGGGAGGUACUCUAAUGGAUUCAUUGCUUGACUUUUUAACCUGUGGGUUGCAAAUGUUUCCUCAGUACUUUUCCCUUGAGGUGGUGUGUAUACAUUUACUGUCUGAGAAUAAAAAGACCGCGCACACACACACACACACACACACCCUAGUUUUUUUCAUUUUUAGUAUCUCUUCAUUUGUACUUUGGUUUGAAGAAAGAUACUAUCACCUUGUUCAGUGAAAAAGAACAAGCAGAAACAGUGUAUAUGUAUACUGUAUAUGGGCGGGAGAUAGCAUAUGCUAUGUGUCAGUCACUUCUUUGAAUCUUUUACUGAAAUUGAGAUAGGAAAAUAAAACUGAAACAAAUCACA